AAGGAAGGAAGCAGGAUGGAGCCAAAAGUAGACCUGGAGGAGGCACAUGGAGCAGAGAGACAUGUGAAGAAACCACACUGGGCUUUUGAUCGUGGACUGGGUGACACAGAUGUGGGAGCUGCUGUUGUGCUGUUUCACCCCUUCCUACCUGGAAUGGAACAAAGAAUUGAACAAUCAGCAGAGAUUCUGCUACAGCUGUCACCUGCUGAAGUUGCCAACCUCAAGGAAGGCAUCAACUUUUUUCGAAAUAAGAGCACUGGCAAAGAUUAUAUCUUAUACAAGCGUCAGGACCAGCUGAGGGCAUGCAAGAAUCUGUGCAAACAUCAAGGAGGGCUGUUCAUAAAAGACAUCGAGGAUUUAGAUGGAAGGUCUGUGAGAUGCACAAAGCACAACUGGAAACUCGAUGUGAGCACCAUGAAGUACAUCAACCCUCCAGACAGCUUCUGUCAAGAUGAGCUAGUGAUUGAAAGGGAUGAAGCGAAUGGACUUCUACUUCUGGAACUGAAUCCUCCAAACCCCUGGGAUGCAGACCCCAGACCUCCUGAGGAUUUGGCUUUUGGGGAAGUACAGAUAACGUACCUCACUCACGCCUGCAUGGACCUCAAGCUGGGAGAUAAGAGGAUGGUAUUUGACCCUUGGUUAACUGGUCCUGCUUUUGCCCGAGGAUGGUGGUUGCUACAUGAGCCUCCAUAUGAUUGGCUGGAGCGGCUGUGCCAAGCUGACCUAAUUUACAUCAGCCACAUGCACUCGGACCACCUGAGUUAUCCCACACUGAAGAAGCUUGCUGGGAGAAGGCCAAAUAUUCCCAUUUAUGUUGGAAAUACGGAAAGGCCUGUGUUUUGGAAUCUGAAUCAGAGUGGUGUCAAGUUGACUAAUAUCAACGUGGUGCCGUUUGGAAUAUGGCAGCAGGUAGACAAAAAUCUUCGAUUCAUGAUCUUGAUGGAUGGCGUUCAUCCUGAGAUGGACACUUGCAUUAUUGUGGAAUACAAAGGUCAUAAAAUCCUCAAUACGGUGGACUGCACCAGACCCAAUGGGGGAAGACUGCCUGAGAAGGUUGCUCUAAUGAUGAGCGAUUUUGCUGGAGGAGCAUCAGGUUUUCCAAUGACUUUCAGCGGUGGAAAGUUUACUGAGGACUGGAAAGCCCAAUUCAUUAAAACAGAAAGGAGGAAGCUCCUGAACUACAAGGCUCGGCUGGUAAAGGACCUGCAACCCCGAAUUUAUUGCCCGUUUGCUGGGUAUUUCGUGGAAUCCCACCCAUCAGACAAGUAUAUUAAGGAAACAAACAUCAAAAAUGACCCUAUUGAACUCAACAAUCUUAUCAAGAAAAACUCUGAUGUGAUAACUUGGACCCCACGACCUGGAGCCACUCUUGACCUGGGUAGGAUGUUAAAGGACCCGACAGACAGGUUUGGCUUAAAUAUUUAUAAAGAACAAAUACCUUGGACACAAAUUGAUAGACUUCUUCCCUUUUCCCAUGUUCAUUUGCAGAUGAUUGAGACUGAUGAGGACUUUAACCCCAUUCCUGAAGGAUACGACUAUUUGGUUGACUUUCUGGAUUUAUCUUUCCCAAAAAAAAGACCAAGCCGAGACCAUCCCUAUGAGGAAAUUCGGAGCCGGGUUGAUGUCAUCAGGCACGUGGUGAAGAACGGUCUCCUCUGGGAUGAUCUGUAUAUAGGAUUCCAAACCAGGCUGCAGCGGGAUCCUGACAUAUACCAUCAUCUGUUUUGGAAUCAUUUUCAAAUAAAACUCCCCCUAACACCACCCAACUGGAAAUCCUUCCUGAUGCGCUGCAAUAGCUCAGAACUGAAUUUUCCAGAGAUGCUAAGAAAUAUGAAAAAUACAAAAAUUUAAAAUGGAGCUACCAUACGACCGGCAAUUCCACUCCUAGGGAUCUACCCAGAGGACACAAAUACACUGAUUCAAAACAACACCUGUACACCUAUGUUUAUUGCAGCACUAUUUACAAUAGGUAAAACCUGGAAACAACCCAAAUGCCCAAAAAUAGAUGACUGGAUCAAGAAGAUGUGGCAUAUAUACACAAUGGAAUAUUAUUCAGCAAUCAAAAAAGAUAAACUUAGGCCAUUUGCAGUAACAUCAGUGGAGCUAGAAGAAAUUAUGCUCAAUGAAAUAAGCCAGAAGGAAAAAGAAGACUGUCAGAUGGUUUCACUUAUAAAGGAAUAUAGGAGAACCAAAUAAGACAUCAGUGUAAAAAAAUAAUAACAGUACAAAACACUACAAAGCAAAAACAGAUAAUUAUAAAUCAGAGACAUACUGCUGGAGAGGAGGCAGGAGAGGAACCAGACGGAGGGAGGGAGGAGAACAGGAGACUAUGGUGAUAGUGCACAGGUGCCUUGGGGAAGGAAAUUCUAUAGGGACUCAAUCUGAAGGGGUGGGGGGAAACAAAUAUUGUUUAAAAAAAAAAUUAAAAAAAGAUGACAUUAAUAAAAUAAUUUGAAAUGCUAAAAAAAAUUCAAGAAUUUAAUAAUGUUGCAUCUUGACCCAAGAAGCUUUUCCCAAAGAGACCUUACUUUUUUGACAUCAGUAAUAAUUAUAUGCUUCAUUUGUGAUGAGAUGUUCCCAAUUCUUCUGUUUAUAGAUCACUGUUUGGCCAGAUUAUUAGCUAUUUUGUUUAUUCCACGGAUAAUUCUGUGUAAGCAUAAUGUUCCAAUAGGAACAAAUUUUCUAUGGAAAAUGUGACUUGAAGCAUAGAAGAAAUAGAAAUAGAAAAGCUCUCCUAUAAGACAAUUAGGAAAAAGAAAAGGGAUGGAGGAGCAGAAGUUGUCUUAGAAGGAGGGAAGAAAGUAGAGAAAUAAAUGAGGAACCAUAAAAAGAAAAUAGGAAAGAAUGACAUCCCCUGCUUGUGGAUUGGAAGAAUUAACGUUAUUAAAAUGGCCAUCCUACCAAAAGCAAUUUACAGAUUCAACACUAUUCCAGUAAAAAUCUCAAUGACAUUCUUCAAUAGAAAUAGAACAGAUACUGAUGAAAUUCAUAUGGAACCACAAAAACCACAAAUAACCAAAGCCCUACUGAUUAAAACAGUACUUCAAACUGUAGUACAAACUUUAAACUAUACUACAAAGCCAUAGUAAUUUAAAAAAAAGUAUGGUAUUGGAACAAAAAACUGACACACAGACCAAUGGAACCAAAUAGAAAGCCCAGAAACAAAUCCACACAUAUAUGGACAACUAAUCUUUGACAAAGGAACAAAGAAUAUACAAUGGAACAAGCACAGUUUGUGCAAUAAAUGGUGCUGGGAGAACUGGACCACCACAUGCCAAAAAAUGAAACUAGACCACUACCUCUCACCAUGCACAAAAAUCAACUCAAACUGGAUAAAAGAUAUGGACAUAUGACCUGAAACCACAAAAUAUAUAUAAGAAAAUAUAGGUAAAACACUACAAGACAUACAUCUCAGUAACAUCUUUAAAGACACAUCACCCAAAGCAAAGAAAGUUAGGGAAGAGAUAAACACCUGGGAUUACAUCAAACUGAAAAGCUUCUGUACACCAAAAGAGACAUUAACCAAAACAAAGAGACACCCUACUGAUUGGGGAAAAUGUUGGUACUCCAUACAACUGAUAAGGGACUGAUCACAAAGAUAUUCAGAGAACUCAAAUGACUCAACAAGAACAAAGUCAACAAUCCAGUCAAGAAAUGGGCAGAAGAACUUAAAAGACACUUCUCCAAAAAGAAAAUGCAAAUGGCCAACAGGAUUAUGAAAAAAAUGUUCAAUAUCCCUUAUAAUCAGGGAAAUGCAAAUCAAAACCACAGUGAGAUACCACCUUACACCAGUAAGAAUGGCACAUAUCAAAACACUAGCAGCAACAAAUGUUGGUGAGGAUGUGGUGAAAAAGAACUCUCCUACAUUGCUGCUGGGAGUGCAAACUCACUGGUCCAACCACCAUUAUGGAAAGCUGUCUGGAAGUUCCUCAAACUGCUAAAAAUGGAGCUACCAUAUGACCCAGCAAUUCCACUCCUGGGGGUCUACCCAAAGGACACAAAAACAUUGAUUCAAAUGAACACCUGUACCCCUAUGUUUAUUGCAGCACUAUUUACAAUAGGUAAAACCUGGAAACAACCCAAAUGCCCCAAAAUACAUUACUGGAUCAGGAAGAUAUGGAAUAUAUACACAAUGGAAUGCUGAAUAAUAAUUCAGCAAUCAAAAAAGAUAAACUCAUGCCAUUUGCAGCAACAUGGAUGGAGCUAGAAGGAAUUAUGCUCAGUGAAAUAAGUCAGAAGAAAACAGAAAUAUUGGAUGGUUUCACUUAUAGCAGGAGUAUAGAGGAACCAAAUAAGACAUCAGUGUAAAAAAAUAACAACAGUACAAAACACAACAAAGAAAAAAAUGGAAAUUAUAAACCAGAGACAUCCUGCAGUGGGAGAGGAAGGAGAGGAAGCAGAGGGAGGGAGGAGCACAGGGGACUGAGGUGAUGGUGCACAGGUGCAGUGGCAAAGGAAACUCUAUGAGGACUACACAUGAGGCAGGGGCAGUGGGGAGCAAAUAUUGUUUAAAAAUUAACAAUGAUGUAAAAUAUAUAUAAAUUUAAAAAAUAAAGAAAAGGGGCCUCCCCUGGUGGCGCAGGCGAUUGAGCUCAGCGCUGUGAAGCUGUCUGCAGCCUCUGCAGUGCCGGUUCGAUCCCGGCUGCCGGUGAGGGUCUACAUGGUGCGGCAGACCUCUCCUGUCUCGCCCGCUGCUCCCCUCAGCGGUAUAUUUCGUCAGUCUGCCUGUUCUGUUCCCCACUCUAUCUCUGGUGAAUCCUCUCACCCUCACGUGAAUCUGGCCUGUACCCCCGUUCUUGUAUAAAUAAAUAAAUAAAUCUUUAAAUAUAUAUAUAUAGAAAAAAUAGGAAAAAGAAAAAAUACAAUGGAAUUUAAACAGGAGAAUGUAAAAAUACAUAUUUUGCUCCUUAAUAGUAGAUUGAGUCCCCAAACAGAUUUGAUGAAGACAGUUCAGUAAGAAGGGUUCAUGAACUAUUUUCAAUUUUUGAGAAAGCAUUGUUGAAACAUGUGUUUCCAAGACAAAGCUGCAGCACUGUCCUGAAGGGUGAAAUGUCUUCAAGAUUAAAAUGUUUUGAUUCACUGUCAGAAUUUGUUAUUUAAUGAAAAUUAUAAGUGCCAACACAGUACUGACAGAAUUUGUUAUGUAAUACAAAUUACAGAUGCUAAUAUAUUAGAGGCCUUUGAUUAAUAAAAAUGAUGAACGGGCCUCCCCGGUGGUGUGGUGGGUUGAGCGCUGCACUGUGAAGCUGUCCGUAGCCUCCGAAGUGCUGGUUCAAUUCCCUGCUGGCCAGGGAGAUUCCCACAUGGUGAGGCAGACCCCUCCUGUCACACCUGCUGCUCCCCUCAGCAGUGUAUUUCAUCAGUCUGCCUGUUCUGUUCCCGACUCUGUCUCUGGUGAAUCCUCUUACCCUCCCAUGACUCUGGUCUGUACUCCAGCUCUUGUAUAAAAAAAAAAAAUCUUAAAAGAAAAAAUAAAAAUGGUGAACAUUGGCUAUAAUAAAAUGAAUUUUGGUAAUGAAAAUCAUUUAAAACCAAUUAAAAAAUCAUUCAUAAAGAUCCCUGUAUUGAAAAAAUUAGGAAUUAUUCUGUACAUUUUAAGCAUUGUUUCCAAGAUCAAAAUAGGCCAUUGAUUUAUUUCUGCUUAUGUGCAUAAUUUGUUAUGCUAAUCAAAUGAUUAAGACUGAUACAUACAAUUUAACUGUAGGAAACUCUGACACGUGAUCGUCCAUGCACGCAUACACUUCGCUUAUUUAAACAUCAAUCUGUUUUCUGAUAAGCACUAUCUCUUUAAUUCUGAAGAUGCAGGAAUCCAAUGGUUGAAAUGACCUCCUUAAAUGCUUAAGUGCAAGCCUAGUAAUAGAACUAUUAGCCAUCUAAUUCUCACCAACAUCAAAAGUAUUUGUUAUUUUUGGUUUACUUCACACAUUAUGCUUAACAAAUGCUUAUAAAUCAAUAAUUAUAUAUAUAUAUUAAAGAUUUAUGUAUUUAUGCAUAUAGGAGCUGGGGUACAGAGAUGUGGGGGGUUGGUGAGAGGAUUCACCAGAGACAGAGUGAGGAACAGAACAGGAAGACUGACUGAAAUACACUGCUGAGGGGAGCAGCGGGUGAGUCAGGAGAGGUCUGCGGCGCCAUGUGGGUUGCUCCCUGGAAGGCUGGUUAUUGAACUCAUGCUGCAGAGGCUGCAGACUGCUUCAUAGUGCGGUGCUUAGCCCCUUGUGCCACCAGGGAGGCCCCAAGAAUUAUGUAUUUCAGUGAAUUAUCUACUAAUCAAAGAAAUUAAUCUCAUUAAAUACAUGUGAAAAUGUAUUUUAUUUGCAAAUAAAAGUUUGUUUUAAAAUACGGAUUUGUUCUACAUUCCUAAUGUAGAAGGCCCAAAUUAGGGAUCAGAAAAAAAACUAAAUAUAAUAAAGUAAAAAUCAAAAUCGACAGGCAACUAUAAACCAGAGACAUACUACAGUGGGGGGACAAGGGAGUAGGAUCAAAACAAGGGUGAUGGGGAUUUUACGGGGACUAUAAUCAAGAUGAAAAUAUAUACAUUGCACAAAAAUGAAAAAUGAUAUAAAAAAUAUAUACAAUAAAAAUGAAAUUAAAAAAAUGGAUUUGUUUUCUCAUGCUCCUGUAAUUAGUAUCUCCUUCUGAUAUCCAGACUCAACAAUUCUUUGCUAAGACCACCAAUCUUUUGGUAUAUCUUCACUUCUUCCUCCUCUUGGAAGGUUCUUUUCUACCUGUGUAUAUUCCCAUAUCACCUGCCCACCCUCGUCUCAUGUUCAUUUCCCUUACUCAAACUAAAA